ACGAAUGCAAUUGCAUUUCAGUAUGCGUAUUAAAAUGCCAUUUUGUUUCAUGUUUCCUAUGGAUCUUUCCAUUACCCAAAUCUACAAAAGCAGAUGUUUGAAUGGAAAGUUAAGAACACUUUUAUCAGGCAUCCUGUUGAACACCACUUCCUGUACCUUCUACCUGGUGCAUACUGCAAUAUGAUGGCACAACCAACUGUGACACCAAUGGUGCAAGUGUAUUUUUAAUCAAGCAAAUUCCCGAGAGCUAACCUAUUCAUAUAGUUGAAACAUAGGGGAUCUGGACAAAUUUGAACAGGAUGCUAAUUUUAGCCCAUUUGCCAUUGCUGCUUCUUUUGGGAAACCAAGAUUCAGUAACCUGUAUCGACCUGGAGAAACAGCAUGAAGUCAUCUACGCAGCAGUUGGAGAACCUCUGGUAUUGAACUGCAUCUACAACUGUUCAUCUGGAUUUGUCCGUGGCCACUGGAUCAAACUCCCAGACUGUCCUCAUUGUCCUAGGCCAAGGGAAACAAAAAAUGUCACAAAGAGUGGUGACCUCUGCACACUACCAUUGUAUUUUCCACAUCUGUCCACGGAAGAUUUUCGGUACAACUACACCUGCUUUUCUGAAGAUCACGAAAGCAAACAUUUAUCACACAAGAUAGAGGUUUUGGUAUCACUGCAGGCACAAGGUCGACGUAGUGCCCCGGCCACAACGGUCAAUACUGAUGUAUCGGUGACAGCGUUGAGUAACCACGAAGACUCAAUAAUAGAUCAUGAGGAAUUCACAGUUGUCAAAGUGUUGGCAACAGUGACAGUUAUUGUGGCUGCUGUGUUGGCAGCCGUGGCUGUCUACUUAUGUAUGAGCCGCAAUCGAUAUUGCAAAGGAAAACCUGCUGUUAUCGGUACAGGGUAUGUUUUUUUUCAUACAAUGUGGCAUGUUUGCGAAGGCAUUUUAACACACUUUUCAUUGGCAAUUAUUAUGUGGACUUCCUAUGUGGAAUUUGUUCAUUGGUCUUUUAUCAGCACAACGUCAAGAGAAGGAUCUAGUGUUGGAAGGCCGACAACAGGUGCAUGCUUAACUAAUUGUGAGAGAGUGGCACUGAGAAUAACUCCAGCUGAUUGCCAGAGUGAUCAUGAGGUUCCUUAUGCUGACAUAAUGAUCACUAUGCGAGGGGCCAGCACACCCGAGCUCACACAGAUCGCCUACCUGGCACCGGGGGACCAUAGAGAGAGGUGGAGAGAAGAGGCACGCCCUGAAGCUAGGUCCCAUCUGCAGGCCUCCCGCUCAGCUGAUAGACUGCAUGUCCAGCCCCGAGAGGUCUCCAGGAAGAUGAGCACAAACUCUGAGUACGCUGUCAUCACCUACUCUUAACCAUUGCGGCUGGAGGUGAUAAAAGAGGGAAUAAGAGAGAGCAAGUGAGAAAUGACUGUCACUGUACUUAUAUUAUUCAUCCUUGGCUGUUUUGUUUGCAUGUUUUUAACUGUAGCAAGUUGUUUCUAUAACUUUCAUCCAAUAAAGUCAA